GGAGCCCGGGCACUGAGCUCUUGGGCGCCCCCAACCCAGGUUUCAGAACCCUCCACGCUGCGGCCACUGUCCCCUCCGGACCAUGGCCGACGACGACGUGCUGUUCGAGGAUGUGUACGAGCUGUGCGAGGUGAUCGGCAAGGGUCCCUUCAGUGUUGUACGACGAUGUAUCAACAGAGAAACUGGGCAACAAUUUGCUGUAAAAAUUGUUGAUGUAGCCAAGUUCACAUCAAGUCCCGGGUUAAGUACAGAAGGUAAGAGAUGGAUUUCAAAUCUAAAGCGGGAAGCCAGUAUCUGUCAUAUGCUGAAGCAUCCACACAUUGUAGAGUUGUUGGAGACAUAUAGUUCAGAUGGAAUGCUUUACAUGGUUUUUGAAUUUAUGGAUGGAGCAGAUCUGUGUUUUGAAAUCGUAAAGCGAGCUGAUGCUGGUUUUGUGUACAGUGAAGCUGUAGCCAGCCAUUACAUGAGACAGAUACUGGAAGCUCUGCGCUACUGUCAUGAUAAUAACAUAAUUCACAGGGAUGUGAAGCCCCACUGUGUUCUCCUCGCUUCAAAAGAAAACUCGGCACCUGUUAAGCUUGGGGGCUUUGGGGUAGCUAUUCAGUUAGGAGAAUCUGGACUUGUCGCUGGAGGACGCGUUGGAACACCUCACUUUAUGGCCCCAGAAGUAGUCAAGAGAGAGCCUUAUGGAAAGCCUGUUGAUGUCUGGGGCUGUGGUGUGAUCCUUUUCAUCCUGCUCAGCGGUUGCUUGCCUUUCUAUGGAACCAAGGAAAGACUGUUUGAAGGCAUUAUUAAAGGAAAAUAUAAGAUGAAUCCAAGGCAGUGGAGCCAUAUCUCUGAAAGUGCCAAAGACCUAGUACGCCGCAUGCUGAUGCUGGAUCCUGCUGAAAGGAUCACCGUUUAUGAAGCACUGAAUCACCCAUGGCUUAAGGAGCGGGAUCGUUAUGCCUACAAAAUUCACCUUCCAGAAACAGUAGAACAACUGAGGAAAUUCAAUGCCAGGAGGAAACUAAAGGGUGCAGUACUAGCUGCUGUGUCAAGUCAUAAAUUCAACUCCUUCUAUGGGGACCCUCCUGAAGAGUUACCAGAUUUCUCUGAAGACCCUACCUCCUCAGGACUUCUAGCAGCAGAAAGAGCUGUGUCGCAGGUGCUGGACAGCCUGGAAGAGAUUCACGCACUCACGGACUGCAGUGAAAAGGACCUAGAUUUUCUACACAGUGUUUUCCAGGAUCAGCAUCUUCACACACUGCUAGAUCUGUAUGACAAAAUUAACACAAAGUCUUCACCACAAAUCAGGAAUCCUCCAAGCGAUGCAGUACAGAGAGCCAAAGAGGUAUUGGAAGAAAUUUCAUGUUACCCUGAGAAUAAUGACGCAAAGGAACUAAAGCGUAUUUUAACACAACCUCAUUUCAUGGCCUUACUUCAGACUCACGAUGUAGUGGCACAUGAAGUUUACAGUGAUGAAGCGCUAAGGGUCACACCUCCCCCGACCUCUCCCUAUUUAAAUGGUGAUUCUCCAGAAAGCGCUAAUGGAGACAUGGACAUGGAGAAUGUGACCAGAGUGCGGCUUGUACAGUUCCAGAAGAAUACAGAUGAACCAAUGGGAAUCACUUUGAAAAUGAACGAGCUAAAUCAUUGUAUUGUUGCAAGAAUCAUGCACGGGGGUAUGAUUCACAGGCAAGGUACACUUCAUGUUGGUGAUGAAAUUCGAGAAAUCAAUGGCAUCAGUGUUGCUAACCAAACAGUGGAACAACUACAAAAAAUGCUUAGGGAAAUGCGGGGGAGUAUUACCUUCAAGAUUGUACCAAGCUACCGCACUCAGUCUUCAUCCUGUGAGAGAGAUUCCCCCUCCACUUCCAGACAGUCCCCUGCUAAUGGUCAUAGCAGCACUAACAAUUCUGUUUCGGACUUGCCGUCAACCACCCAACCAAAAGGACGACAGAUCUAUGUAAGAGCACAAUUUGAAUAUGAUCCAGCCAAGGAUGACCUCAUCCCCUGCAAAGAAGCUGGCAUCCGAUUCCGAGUUGGUGACAUCAUUCAGAUUAUUAGUAAGGAUGAUCACAACUGGUGGCAGGGUAAACUGGAAAACUCCAAAAAUGGAACUGCAGGUCUCAUUCCUUCUCCUGAACUUCAGGAAUGGCGAGUAGCUUGCAUUGCCAUGGAGAAGACCAAACAAGAGCAGCAGGCCAGCUGUACUUGGUUUGGCAAGAAAAAGAAGCAGUACAAAGAUAAAUAUUUGGCAAAGCACAAUGCAGUGUUUGAUCAAUUAGAUCUUGUCACAUAUGAAGAAGUAGUCAAACUGCCUGCAUUCAAAAGGAAAACACUAGUCUUAUUAGGUGCACAUGGUGUUGGGAGAAGACACAUAAAAAACACCCUCAUCACGAAGCACCCGGACCGGUUUGCUUACCCUAUUCCACAUACAACCAGACCUCCAAAGAAAGAUGAAGAAAAUGGCAAGAAUUAUUACUUUGUAUCUCAUGACCAAAUGAUGCAAGACAUCUCAAAUAAUGAGUACUUGGAGUAUGGCAGCCACGAGGAUGCAAUGUACGGGACAAAACUGGAGACCAUUCGGAAAAUCCACGAGCAGGGGCUGAUCGCAAUACUGGACGUGGAACCUCAGGGAUUGGAAAAAUCUUCUGGCCAGGGGUGGCUAGAGGCAAAGUCUCAAUCCUGGUCCUGGUCUUCGACAUCCUCUCCUUGGGUUCCACACUGGUCUUCACCUGAACGUCGUUUUCUGCUGGCACUGAAGGUCCUGAGAACUGCUGAGUUUGCUCCUUUUGUUGUCUUCAUUGCGGCGCCAACUAUCACUCCAGGUUUAAAUGAGGAUGAAUCUCUCCAGCGCCUGCAGAAGGAGUCCGAUGUUUUACAGAGAACAUAUGCACACUACUUCGAUCUCACAAUUAUCAACAACGAAAUUGAUGAGACAAUCAGACAUCUGGAGGAAGCUGUCGAGCUCGUGUGCACAGCCCCACAGUGGGUCCCGGUCUCCUGGGUCUAUUAGGCUUUUCCCUGGCUAUCUGAGUUUAAAACUGGGAGCCACCUCCUACGUGGAAAAGCCUCUUUGUUAUCGGCCUUGUGUCAGCAGGUCGUGGUCCCUAGAGACUACCUAGUUGUAGUGUGACCUACAUUUAUAAUUAUUGUCAUGUCCGAAUAGAUAGGAGGAGAAAAACAAUUACACACUAAUUUAAAGAGACAGUAUCUUUUUUAAUCAGUUCUCCUAAACUUUAAUAAAAUGUAUCUUUAAAUGUAUGUAUUAUUCAAUCCUUUGGAAUGUUAUAUUUUUGGAAAUCAUAGCUUUUUAUUUCAAAGGCCCCUAAAAACUGCACAAAAUAGAUGCUGCUUUCUAUAAUCUAUUUUAAUAAUAAUAAACAAUGAUUCUGUUACCUUGACUGGGGGUGGAACACUACAUUCUUUUUAGAGUCUGAUUUUAUGGAUUGGAAUAUCUUUUUUCCUUUAUUUAUUUGAGAUAAUUAGUCUAGUGAUUACAAAACAGUCAUAAAUUUUUAAAGGCCUUUUUUCCUCUCUCUUUUUUUUUAAGUCUUUAUGUAACAUCCAGAUACUGUGAUACUGUCUCUUUGAAGCACCCUGUAAACCUUUUAGAGAUUUGAAGUUGGGUCUUGACUCUUAAUGCAUGUGGACAGUCGCGAGCGUUCAUGCUGUCGGUGUGUCUGUGUUGGACAAAACAAUCUGUAAUUACAGCAAAGUACAUUCCGUUCACGGGGCACACCCAGGGGAAUAAGAAUAAAUUGCUAUUAUGACUAAGUUGUAAACCUAUGCACAUCCCUUGCAUUUCGGGCAACUUUAUAAAACAGAAAAAAAACGAAACUGAUUUUUAUUAAUUAAUAAUCAUGUAGUGAAAUGUGUUUGUAAUUUUGUCUCAAUUUAAUUUGUUGUAAGGGGGAGGGGGUACUGCUGGUUUCGCCAUUUCAGAUCUGUGUUGUCUAAGAGUAUUAACGUUUUAAUUAAGCAAAGAAAUGCGGAUUUUUAAUCUGUAUGUAAUUGUUUUAAGCACCCAUUUAAAGAGAAUAUACUGUGCAAUGAAGAAACCAGUUUAGGCAUUCGCUAUAAACUGAAUUAUUCCAAAAGAAUAAUCUAUAACAGCUCUGGAAAUUCCUUUAAAAUGAUAACUAACAGGACAGUCUGACCAAUUUUUUAAAAAUAUACUUCAUUGUAUGUGUUCAAUAAUCAAAUGCCUUUGGGUCCUUCAUUUCAUUACAGAUUUGUUCAGGUCUCCAAGCUGGUAAUCUUUUCUGUUUUAAAAUUCGAUAGCUGCUCACUGACCCAUGGCAGGCCCAGGAAUAAGUAUCAGUUGGCAGGGCAACAGAGCAGCCUGCCAGAGUACAGCCUGGCUCACAUCUGACGCGAAGGGCCACCUGUGGGCUCUCCUUCCUCUUGCUCUGUCCCUUGGCACAGGGGAGUCACCUGUCCUUGUUGCUUUGGAAGCACUCACCAUCUCGUCCACUGCCAUGCUGUCAGAAUCUAGAGGAGGUUCAGACUGGGAUUCUCAGACUCUUGGCCAGAGGCCACUAGACUCUCUCCCCUUCUUCUUGUGUGCGAGAACAAGGCAUUGGCAUGACUUUGGUCCUUGGAAACACACCAUCACUUUCAUUGCUUGUGGGUUAGGUGGCUUCCGUCACUUUGUGCCUUGGCAGGAUGUGCAAAACAAGUUGUGGACUGAACAGCUCCUCUUGGGCACUGAAGAGAGAAGGUACGUUCGUGCCCACGCGCCUCUUUAUUCUCAAGCUCCCGCCCUCCCCAGCUAUUACACCAUACCAUUCUUUGUCAGUGCCCAGAUGGGUCACAACUUACCAACAAGACAUUGUGAAAAUAACUUGUGUUCGGUCCCACAGUGGGGUGACCAAAUACCAUACCAGAGACAGGCUCAACAGUGGCCUCUUGCUAGGUAGAGGGGGGAAAGUCCAGGAGUUGCAUAGGGCUGUGUAGUGCUGACCUCCAUCUAAGUGGCACCCAGGCCAGACACCAUUUGUGCAGUAGUACUGACCGUAAGCCACUCUUGUCAGCAGCUUUGUACCUGCCCUGCCUCUUCCAGUAAAGCACAAAGAAGACUGCAACUAAGGCAUGGGAAAGAGAACUGGCCCUCCCUCUGGUAGAAUCCCUCCCGCUCCCACAUGCUCUUAAGAACACAUCUCAAGAUGCUGGUAAGGCCUGUCUGUAGCCAUCGACCACAUUCCUACAAGUAGAAUGAGCCUUGCAAAGGAGACCAGCUUAAAUGUCUGGGACUCCAGACUGAAAGAAGUGCUGUGGCUGGCUCUUGGAGGUCUGGGGGGCUUCUCUUCUCACUGGCCUUCUAGGGACUCUGAGAGAAGAGCACCCUUAUGCAGGUGGUGAAAAGCCUGCACCUAGAGCCCAGUGACUUCUCCAACGGGUCGUCUGUCUUCUCCACUAGUGCACACUCUAAAGCAGUGUGUUUAGGACCUAGAGAAGAAAGCCCUUCUGAAGUCAGUAAGAUGCGUACAAUCCUGUCUGGAGCAAUCAGGAUAUUGCUAAAAGCUUCCUGACUGCCUCCAUUUCAUCAGCAGAACCAGACACACACGCACACCAGUUUAUUCUUUGCAAAAGUUCAGUCAGUUAAAUCAGUGGCCGGUUGAAGUGUGGGAAAGUCAGAUUGCAGGUCCUCUCUGCCACCCCAGCCUACUCCGCACACCAGGAGAGGGAGUGUUUGCAUCUCCUUAGUUCUUUGUUUAAAAAGAUGGAGCUCCCUGAUUUUCUAAUCAGAAGGCUGUAGUUACUUUGCAGGCACAUCGUCUUUCUAUCUGAACACUGAAAAGGAAAGUGUCACUCAGUUUAACUCAUCUGGAAGUUUCCCAGUGUCGAGAGGACAUUGUAACCUUUUUAGAUGCAGCCCCAUCCGGUGAGAUGUUUAAAAUAUCUGCUCAGGAAGGCAAAGAAACCAGUUGACCUACUUCUUGCUAUUUGCAUUCAGAAGACAGAGUUUCAGCCGGCCCUAUUGGCGGCUGAAUAAAUAAGGCUGCAGGGUGCCCCACCAUGUGAAGAAGGGGAUCCCUCCCCAGUAUCCAAGUCCUGGAGCAGGUGGGCAGGACGAGCUGUCCUUUAAAGCUUCUGCUGUCUUUUCAAGCUUUACAGCCCAGAGUUCUCUUGUUUUUCAGUCAGGUGUCUCUUCUUUAAGGCUACCAGUUUAUUCUUUGUGAAAGUUCAGUCAGUUAAACCACCCUCCAGGAAGCAAGGACUACCCAGAGUGGAAAGUGCCCCUUUAGGAUGAGGCAGCCCAAAGCAUUCUCUUGUCUCUCACUGAUGGGAUGUUCCUUUAGCAUCCCAGAUCAGUUUCUUACACCGCCGAGCAGAAUUAAGCUUCGCUUGCCAUUAACAUUAUUGAGAAAACUGCUUGGUUAGUGAAUUCGUAAUAAAAAUGUCUCCUUGGAAAGAAGAGAGGGCACACUGGUUAGCAUCCCAGGCCCUUGCAGCCCUCAUCACUCCUUGUUUCAGGUCAGCAGCUUGUGCGGAUGGUUUCUCAGAGUGGAGCAUCACACUCAGCCUAUUCUCUUAACGGACUGUCUAUGCCUAGGCACACUGAAGCCCCUGUGCGCAUCUUCUUUGUUCUGCGCCUCUGGUUAAUUCCUUUAGGAAGAUGCUUUGCUUCUCACUACGGCUUUCAGAAGGGCUGCAUGCUCUUCUCAUCGCUGCUUUUGUUUGGAGGCACUUGCCCUUUUCUGGCCCCUUUAGACAUAGGGUCUCCCUCUUAAUGUGGCACUUCUGGCUACAGGACCAUACUUGUGAGGCCCAGUGUGUUUGGGCGCUGCACGGGUCUAUUUGCCUUAAGCUUGUGGGAUGUCUCGGAUCUCCUAGUUUACAGAGUGAACUUCGGCUAUCACAUCCAUCCAGGAAGUAGGGGGGAAGAGGAAGAGUGUCCCAACCUUCACAUUUACACUUCCUGGGCCACAGCAGCAGCUAGAGGGAGAGAGCAGCCCCAUCCCUGGGGCAGGCAUCCCCAAGUCUUAGCUAUUAGGGGGAUGGGAGAGAACCGCCUGACUUCCUGCCGCCUGUCACCAACCCUCCAUUAACUCCCUUGAAUGAACCUGUGCAAAUGGACCAAGCAAAAGAAAAUGGAAGGAGAUGUUUGCAGCCACACGGGAGACCUCAUUUCUAGCCCCCAAGCACAACUCCAGCUCUGUGUAUGGGGAAAACUCAGCACUUUGCUACUUCUUGGAGUUAAAUCCAUUGUCUAUAGCAUGCGAAAGCAUAGGGUCGGGGGCUGAGCCUUUCUGGACCCCGGAGAGCGUCUCAGCAGAGGGACUUGUGCUUGAGAGUAGAAGUAGGCAUUCCUCCACAGAAAGAGGCCUUGCUUUUAUUUUUCAUUUGGCAGAGACCAAGAAUUGGGGGUAGGGGUUGAUUUGCAGUCUUUGAUGUCGCCUGGCAUGUCCUCUGCAGGCAGGUGCUGCUGAGAGCACAGCAUCGUGUUUCAGUGCAGCGUCAGUGCAUUGCCAUUCAGACUCAGUUCUGGGCUGGUUUUGCUUAAAGCUUUGCCAACGUGUUCUUUCUUUCUGUAUGUAUUAUUGCCUUUUUAUAAAAGGUUUUGAAGUAUUGUCUCAGUGAUAAAAAGAGAGAGAUGUUAAUGGUUGUUGUAUAUUUCACCGUAUCCGAUUGUAAGUAUUCGCAGGGUACAGCAAAGCCUUAGCUUGCAAGAGGAGCUGAAGGGGUUGGAAAGGUUCGGAUUCUUUGUAAAUGUCCUGCUUUUCUUUCUCUCUGUGUGUAUCUAUUUACAUGCCUUAGCACACGCCCUCCCAUCCCAAUUCCUUUGCCCUGUCGCCUGAACAACCACAAUGCUGGUGGCACUGCCAGCACAGUACAAGUCGAAACCCUAAUCAGUUAUCUCGUGUGACAGGGGAAGAAGAGAAACUGCAUAGUAUUCUUUGUAGAAUAUACAUAUCUGUAGGAUGCUGUGUAAUGGGAAACCAUAGACUUGGGCUUUCAUCAUUUCAGAGUUGGAGAAAUGUAUGAAUAAAAUGUAUAAAACAUGAAAG